AUGUCUAACUUCACGGACCUACGCCACGGCGGCGAUUUGUCGGCAUUGGGCAAGGCGUUGGAGGAAGAUGACAAAUUGGAAAGGCAGUGGUAAGAAAUGAGGUUUUUUUGUAAUUGCGGUAAAUAAGAGUUUAUAACGCCAAAAACACUUUCAGGCAUUUCCUCGUUCUCUGUGUGGUUCCCAUAGCCUGUAUUGUGGGCAAUGUCUUAGUGGUGUUGGCUGUAUGGACCACAAAAUCCCUUCAAACUCCAACAAACUACCUCUUAGUGUCGCUAGCCUGCGCUGAUCUGCUAAUAGGAUCCACAGUUAUGCCAUUUAGCAUUUACGUCACUGUAAGAACCCAAACAACAACAUUUUUCCUAUCUUCCAUCUUUUUUAUCUUUGCAAACCUAACUUUUUAGGUGAAUAAUCUGCAUUGGCACAUGAGUGCUCUAUGGUGCCAUAUCUAUACGAUGCUGGAUGUAUGUGCGUCAACGGCGUCUAUAGUCCAUUUAGUCCUCAUAAGUAUCGAUCGGCUGGUGGCAGCAACCAAGCCGGCCGAAUAUAAGACUCUCAAACAUCGACGACGGGUUUAUUGCGCAAUAAUUGGAGCAUGGUGUUUCAGUGUCUUUCUGGCUUUACCUUUAGGUAAGUAAGGGAGGACUAGCGAAAUCUUAUCCUAUUUCUGUUUAAAUUUAUUCUGCACUAUUUUAUCAAAAUCAAAGAAAAUAAUUUUUUAAAUGUUUUAGCUUUAUAAAAAAUACCAUUAUCAAAGAAAAUAAUAAAUUUCUGACGUCAUUAUUAUAUGUAUAUACAAUCCAUUUUGAUUUCAAAAAAAAUAUAUUUCAGUUUCCAUUGGUCACGCAAAUACUGAGUUAGUGUUGCAAACUGAGCACCACUGUGGCAUCUACAAUCCCAUGUACAUGUUGUACAGCUCAAUUUUUGCAUUCUACUUGCCAUGUGUGAUUAUGUUACUGACCUAUGGCUAUAUCUUUUACACUCUGAAAAAGCGACUGCGAGCCAUUCAGCUGCAAGAAAUGGCCGGAGGGCAGUUUCUGGGGUUCGGUGCGGACGUCGGAAACAUCGCUCAAAGUGCAAUUGAGACGGUGAUUGGUAGGGAACGGGGUAAUUUAAGAAUGUUGUUUAGGAAUCGAACCAAGGAACCGGAAUAUGAUCAGUUGGGAGAAACCGUUGCUGAAGAAGAUCGAAGAGACCGCGGCGGAGCAUGCCAGUUCGUUGAAUGACAGUGAGCGGGAACAGGUAAAGCAAAAUUAAAUUUUUUGAUAAAAAAUUAAAAACAAUGACGCCAAGUACAUUUUUUUAGAUUCAAAACCUCCUUGACGCAUAUCAUCCGUCUUCGUCGGGAUCUCAAGAGCUCACAACACUCGACGAAUACCCAGAACGACCUCCCUCGGUGGUUCUGGAGGCUGUGACGCUCAAACAACAAAUCUACGAGUCUGCUCACAAUUCACCCAAACUUGAAGUGCCUCCGGCAUCACUGCUGAUCCAGAAAGUGUAAUUUUAUUUUUGUGCCUUACAAGAUCCAAAAUAUUCGAGGUUUCCUUUGAAGUGUUUUUACUCCUCGAUUUUAGCAAGACUCGUCGCUUCUCUGAGACUCUGACCACAACUCUAGCCAGGACUCGGCGGAAAUCCAACACGAAUCUCGUCGAAAAUGGCGCCAUCACCGCAAAAAACCGCCGAUUCUCCGUACAGCCGGCAACUCUAUCGCAACCCAGAGAUUCUCAAAGUCUUCUACGGCCUUAUCGAGGGGGAAAACAGAUGCGAAGACUCUCGGAGAUCAUCAGCGAUUGGGAGAGGCCCUCCCGAUCUUCUCUCAGUCAGAUGUACAGUUUCGCGAGAAGAGAAUCUGUCUACAUUGCGAGGAAAAAACUAGCCGGAUUGAAAGAUUGGGCCCUCGAUUUGUUGGCCAAAUUAAAAUCAAAACAGGGAAUGGCGGUGAGAAGGGAAGCUCGAGCGACGAAACUUGUGGCUACGGUCAUGUGUAAGCUCGUGUUUAGCAAUUUUUUCAGUUUUUGUACGUAUUUUACCCAAUGAAUAAUACUUCAGGCGUAUUUCUAAUUUGCUGGCUCCCGUUCUUCACGCUGAACACAAUCAAAGUGUAUUUGCUCAUGGUCAAGAGCUGGAACACGGACUAUGAAGGGCUGUUUCAUUGGCUGACCGCACUCGGAUACCUCAACUCUUCCCUCAAUUUUUUCAUUUAUUCUGCCAUUAAUAAGGUGAGCAUUGGAAUUUUUGUUUAAUAACUAGGGAAGGCUCAAGGCCGAGUUUGAGCAAAAUUCAAAAAAAUCCUUUAUUUGUUUGACAUCCUAUUUUAGCCAUCGUUAUUAAUCAAAUUUCUCAUUCAGCGAUUCCGCUCCUCAUUCCGACGUCUGAUCGGACUUCGGCGAACACGAAGUGGCAAGACCUGGAUGUUACCGCCAAAACCCACAAAGCAAAAGACAACCAAGUGUGUGAAUGGUUGUCAGCCAUUCAAACGGGUCAAGAACACAACGUUGCGGAAAGCUAGCUCGGUGGGGUAAGUUGUCUACUCUAUUCGAUCUUAUUAAAUGGUUCAAAAAUUUAAUUUUUAAUCUUUGAAAAAGUCCAUUUGUUUCCUGAGACUCACAUUUAUUGUGGUUAUAAGUAAAAAUACAGUGAGAUUUGACUGGAAUUUUGGGUAGAUAUCAAAAAAGUCAUCUUCAUCAAUCAGGGAUUAGAGCAUGACCGGACACGGCCAAGCUGGCCCCAACUGAUCAGUCCGCUCCUUUUUUUAAUUAAAAAAAAGAAUGGUCAUCUUGACCGGCCAAGGUCUAAUCCCUAAUGUGAGAAUUCGAUUAAGAUUUCAGCCAGAUCUUACUGUACGUUUUAAAUGGUUUGACUCUUCCGUUUAACUCUUCUACUAAUAUAAUAUCUUUGCUUACGACUAACCCCAUAACCUGCUAACAGCUUUCCUGCUUGCUCUGCCAACCCUCUAUGCCUUGAACUAACCUUCCUCCUACUGUAAAUUAUUUUUUAUUUUUUCACAAAACAGUAAAAUUUUCCCAAUUUUUGUUCGCACGGCACCGUAUCAGUUUAAUGAUGUUAACAGGUGUUUAAGGAUGCUGGGCCGCCGCUUUGAGGUCAACAAGCCCGAGAUUGUGAUCGACGAAGUCAGCCGAAUCUCUCCGAAUCAGGUGUCCAUCUCCGAAGGCGGGAAGACGACGUUCCGGUGAGUUUGGGAGACACAAUCAGUUUGCUUGCAUCUUGGGCGUUUUGUUCCUUUGUUUUGGGCGACAUGUAGAGCAGCAUCUUGCUAAGCACAGUGAAACCUCUGUUCGAAGAGCUCCACAACAAAACCUGUCUAUAACGCAUGACUUCAUGUUUUCUAAGAGCCAAUUUUAAGCCAAAAUGAAGCACCAUACAAGAGACACUUAUACAACGAAUUUAUUUUUGUAGUCUUUUGCGAUUCGUUGUACAGAGGUUUGACUGUAACAAUAUUUGUUUUGGGAGUAGCUAGAGUAAAUCUCUAGUCACUAUGUGGCACUUGCUACAGCUUUAUUACGAUAUCCCCACACACGCCUUGCGGUUUGAUCACUGCUUUCGACAGUCGCGUAAUCUCUUUCCAAUGUCAAGAAAGUCUUCUCUGUUUUAAUCGAGUUAUGCGAAAACAUCACAGAUUCUUGGUAUCUAACGCUUCGUUGAUUAAAAUUUUAGCGUCAUUAUACGAAUGUAUGUAUAAUGUUUUUGAUUUUUCGACAAAGUGCACUCUAAAAACCUCUAAAUUUGUGGCGGACUUCGACGUAAAAAUCCUGAGGGUUUCUGCAAAGCGCGACCUAAAAACCCCACAUAUGCCUUAGAAAACGCUAAUCUUAAUGCAUGCAAUACUUAAAAAAUUUUACGUGUCAAACGGCUUACAAUAGUAAAAAUAAAACUGAACUUCGCUAUUUCUAAUCUUUUGUCAUCAUCUUGCCCCUCACCCGUUCCCGACUCCAAAUACCCAACCCAAUACAGAUACAGUUUCAGUCGUUCCUCCGACGAUGGGAUGCAUCGUUCCUCUUCAGAAGUGAUCGGUGGUGUUGUCUUCCCUUCCAAUCAUGAUAGUCGACGAGGUUCUGGAAUGAGCAACUCUUCAGCGUCGCUACAACUUCAUGACAUGCACCAGAUCGCUGAGGCUUCGCUGAAAGAUUCCGAAAUCUUUGUCUGA